AUUCAAUCCAGUAGAAUAAUCCAUACAAACACGGAUUUUUCCGUUUGCCUUUUUCACAGCAAGAAUAGGAGCUGCCCAAUCGGAGAAUUCAAUAGGUUUAAUUGCACCCAUUUUUUCCAAUCUAUUCAAUUCUUUUUCAAUUGCAUCUUUUACCCCGAUUGGUACAGGUCUAGCCUUAACAAAUACUGGUUUUGCAUUUGCUUUCAAUUCAAGAUGAGCUUUGCUCAUUCUACAAUGACCCAAUCCUUCACUAAAUACAUUCUUAAACUUAUUUUGCAAUUCAAUUUCAAUUUUAGCUCGUAUAUCCUCAAUGCAUUCAAUAGCUAAAAUUUCUUUACUUUUUUGCUCUGGUUUGAUUGUUGUCACAAUUGGUCUACCCAAUUUUUUUUCCAAUUUAACAAUCCAUGGCAGACCGAAUAAAUUCAAUUUUUCUUCUGUAACCAAUAAAUUUUCUUUUGUUCCUUCCAAUUCAACAAUACAAUAGAAUUUCCCAACAAUUUUAAAUUCACUUCCUGUAAAGGUUUUUCCACAAUAAUUCGGUUCAGACAAUUUUGGAGAUCCCAUUUUUCUCCAAGUUUUUACAUUUAUACAACUCAAUUGUGCUCCCGAAUCUAAAAUAAAUUCUACUUCGGUCCCAUCCAAUAUUGCUUUU